UUUUAGGACAAAAUUUUAAAAGUAAAAAAAAAUGUCAAUUGAUAUAGUAGAAAUCUUAAAAGAGCCAAAGAUGAUAAAGGUGUGUGCACCAAUGGUUAGAUACAGCAAAUUACAAUUUAGAACAUUAGUAAGACAAUAUGAUUGUGAUAUAUGUUUUACACCUAUGAUCUUAGCUGAUUCAUUUGUACAAUCUGAAAAGGCCAGAGAUAAUGAAUUUUCAACUAAUAAUGGGGAUAAACCACUAGUUGUUCAAUUUGCUGCUAAAAAUGUACAUGAUUUUCUUAAUGCAACAGAACUAGUUGCUCCAUAUUGCAAUGGAGUUGACAUAAAUUGUGGGUGUCCACAGCGUUGGGCAUUAAAAGAAGGAUAUGGAGCUGAUUUACUUAAGAAACCAGAUCUUGUAAAAGAUUUAAUAUAUCAAGUGAGAAAUCGCAUUCCAUAUCCUUUCACUGUAUCUGCAAAAAUUAGAUUGUUCAAGGAUAUUCAUAGAACUAUUGACUUCUGUAGAAUUCUCGAGAAAGCAGGUGCUUCAUUUCUUACCGUUCAUGCUAGAACUCCAGAAAUGAGAUGUGAACCAAUUGAUUUGAAUAGUUUGAAAUUAGUAAGAGAUAGUGUGAAAUUACCACUCAUUGCUAACGGAGAUGUAAAAAGUUUAGAAAGCGCAGAAAACUUGUAUAAGGAAAGUAAUUGCGACGCAGUGAUGUCUGCAAGAGGAAUUUUAACAAACCCAGCUCUUUUUUCUGGAUAUUCAGUUACACCUCUUGAUUGUGUACAAAAUUGGCUUGAUAUUACAUCAAUUAUACCGACCCAAUUUAUAUGUUUUCAUCAUCACCUUGUAUUUAUGUUAGAAAAAAUACUCCCCAAGAAAAAUAGAUUGUUUUUCAAUAGUUUACAAAAUAAAGCAGCUGUUCUGGAAUUCUUGAAAGAUACUUAUGGCAUAAAACCUAACAACAAUUUUAAAUCAUUUGAUCUUAUUAAAUGCAUCUUUAACUCUUCACAUAAAAAAUGUAACAAAGAUAUUGCGAAAGAUGAUGAUGAUUUAAGUAUGAAUUUUUUAGGUAACAUAUUUGCAGAACAAUAAUUUUAUUGCUAAGAAUUAAAAUAUUUUUAUAGUUACAGUCUGCCAUGAAACUGAAAUUAUCAAAUUUAAAAAUUUCACUUUGUGAAGAAAUUAGUGACAUAAGAUAAAAUCACAAGAUAAAAUCGUUAAAAUUAAUAUUAGAAAAAUUCAUAUGCAAUAUAUGUAAUAUAUAUGUAAUAUAUAUGUAAUAUAUAUAUAUAUAAAUAAUUUAACCUUUAACUUUUUCUUUACGAAAGCAUUUCAUAAUUGAAAUUUAAAUUGUACGGUACUAGUUUUCAAUACUGAACGAUAGGUGCGCUGAGAUCUGACUACAAUAAACUGUAUGACUUU